AUGAUCAAGGACUUCUUCCUCGACCUCUUCGAUGGGAAUCUGACCGCCUUUGCUUCUGCGACCUUAGUGAUCCUGGGGAAUCAGGACCCAGGCUUCCUGAAGUUUGAGAAGGAGCAGAUGGAGUGCAAGGAAGAGCUGAAGGAGGUAGUGCGCCAGAUCUCGGUGAUGCGCCGGGAUGGAGCCUUCGGGAAGGUGGUAUGCGAGUGGCGCACAGAGGACGUGACCGCGCAGGCUGCAACGCAUUACGUGGCGGGCAGCGGCACGCUGGAGUUUGAGCACGGGCAAAUGGCCGCCACCAUCCCCCUGACCAUUCUGCCCGCCGGCCGCUACGAGCUGUCGAGCACUGUGCGGCUGGUGUUGUCGAACAUCACUGGGGGCAAGUUCAACCCUGCCUCGCCAGGCGGCAAGGACAGCUGCAUGACCGAGGUGGUCAUUGAAGCAGAUCCGGCCAUCCGGGAGCGGAUCACUCGGAUCCACAGCGCCCUGGCGGUGAACUGGGCAAAAGCGCACAGCUCGCAGUCCAACUGGAGGGCCUGGAAAGAGCAGAUCAAGGACGCCAUCAAGCUCCGCGAUGACGAGGAUGAUGAGGAGCCGAGGACGGGCGUGCUGAGCUAUGUGUCCCUGGCGAGCACGGCCGUCCUCGUGGUGCCAUGGAAGUUGGUCUUCUCGAUCAUUCCCCCCACCGGCUUCUGCGACGGUUGGUGCUGCUUCGUGGGCGCCCUCAUGGGCAUCGGCGCGCUCACCGCAGUGGUGGGGGACGUGGCGGCCUUGCUCGGGUGCGUCAUGGAGAUCGGCAGCGCCAUCACGGCCAUCACGCUGGUGGCUUUGGGCACCUCCUUGCCCGACACCUUCGCCUCGCGCCAGGCGGCGGUGCAGGACGCCACCGCUGAUGCGUCUGUUGGCAAUGUCACAGGCAGCAACUCGGUGAACGUGUUCCUUGGCCUUGGCUUGCCCUGGAGCUUGGGGGCAAUGUACUGGACCAUUGGCGGUGCCGACAGCAUGUGGCUCUCUCGAUAUCAGGACAAGGACUUCGCCCAGCCUUGGCUGCAAGGGGCCCUAGUCGUGGAGGCGGGAGACCUCGCCUUCAGUGUCAGCGUCUUCAGCUGUUGCGCGACCGCCUGCGUGAUUCUGCUGGCCAUCCGCCGACAGGCCUUUGGCGGGGAACUGGGAGGUCCGGCCACCAUGGCGUAUGUCAGCUCAUUCUUCCUGGUGGGCCUGUGGGCGCUCUAUGUUGGAUUGUCUUGUUGGUACAUCCUGGUCGCAACUAGGCAGUGA